AUGAACUCUAUACAUCAAAGCUCAGCCAUCUACAAUUGGCUACAAUUUGAAGUAGAGAGUCUCAUAGCAGAUCCAGGACAACGACCAAAGAUUUCAAGUUAUCAUCCGAAUGACAGAGACAAAGUUAGAUGUGCAUAUUUGCAAAAAGGUCCUUGUCAACCAAGGAAUCAUGAUUUUCCGCAAACUGCUUGUGGUUCUUCUUUUCGAAGAUUUAAUCCUAAUUGGUUUGAUGAUUAUGGAAAUUGGUUAGAGUAUAGUAUAUCAAAAGAUGCUGUUUUUUGUCUUUGUUGUUAUCUUAUGAAACCUGAGACUGAAGGUGGCGAUGCUUUUGUAACCAAUGGCUUUUCAAAUUGGAAAAAAAGGGAGAGAUUACAAACUCAUGUUGGGAUUCAUGAUAGUGCUCAUAAUCAAGCUUGGAGAAAAUGUGAAGCACUUAUGAAACCAAAACAACACAUUAGUGUUGCUAUUGAAAAACAAUCUGAGCAAGCUAAAAAGAAUUAUCAAAUUCAUUUGACAGCCACAAUUGAUUGUAUUAGAUUUCUUUUGCGACAAGGAUUGGCUUUUCGUGGUAAUGAUGAGACAGAUGAUUCUGUUAAUCAAGGAAAUUUUUUGGAACUUCUAAACUUUCUUGCGCAACAUAAUGAAGAGAUUGGGAGUGCUUUCAAAAAUGCUCGUGGGAAUCUUAAACUAAGAGCUCCCUCAAUUCAAAAAGAUAUUGUAAGAGCUGCUGCAAGUGAAACGACAAAAGUUAUUGUUAAUGAUCUUGGGGAUGAAUUGUUUGCUGUUUUGGUUGAUGAAGCCCGCGACAUUUCUAUUAAGGAGCAUAUGUCAGUUUGUUUAAGGUAUGUGAAUAAAGAAGGGCAAGUUAGGGAGCAUUUUCUUGGUCUUGUUCAUGUUUCUAAUACUAAUGCUUUAUCUCUAAAAUUAGCAUUGGAGUCAUUAUUAGAAACAUAUAAUUUAAGUUUAUCAAGAGUACGUGGCCAAGGAUAUGAUGGUGCAAGUAAUAUGCAAGGAGAAUUUAAUGGUUUAAAAACUUUGAUAUUGAAAGAAAAUUCUUAUGCUUUCUAUGUACAUUGCUUUGCUCACCAACUUCAGUUAGCUCUUGUAACGGUUGCAAAAAAACAAGUUGAAAUUGCUUUGCUUUUCAAUUUGUUAACCAAUUUGUGCAAUGUUGUUGGAGCUUCAUGUAAACGAAGAGAUAUGCUUCGUGAUAGUCAGAUGACUAAGACAAUUGAAGCAUUACAAAGUGGAGAAAUUGCUAGUGGACGUGGUUUGAAUCAAGAAAUAGCUUUGAAAAGAGCUGGAGAUACUAGAUGGGGUUCACACUAUGGAACUAUACUUAGAUUAAUUUCUUUGUUUCCUUCCGUGGUCAAUGUUCUUGAAUAUUGUAAGACCCAGUUAAUUAACGGCUAA